AUGUCAAUACUCAACAGUGUCCUUCAGGCCACAAGCAUCUCCAUCUCUCUCCUCGCUGCCGGCGGAAUUGCAACCCUCUCCCUCUUUGAUGUGCCUAUCCUCAGGGCUCAACCAGCGUCACGCUCAUUGCCCUCGAUCCGCUGGCUAUUCAGCCGCGGCUCGCACAUCUUUCCAACAGCUGCGUUUGUCUCCGCUACCGGCUUUGGCAUCUUGGCAUACCGAUCAUUGCCAGGCUCUUUAGCAUCACGUACUGUAUUGCAGCUGUUGCGUGAUGCGAGAGUAAGAGGAUAUCUUGCCGCGGCUACUCUGAACAUCGCCAUUGCACCCUGGACCUCUGUCAUGAUACCGAAUAAUUUUGAGCUCAUUCAGAUGAACAACAAUUUGGGCGGCCAUCGAAGUCUUGCAAGCUCGCAGGCGGCUCAGGAAGAGAAAGGCAACCCUAAACAACGGAGCGCCCGGGACUCUGUUGAGGGUAAGGGGGAGGUGGUUGCUGAGUUUCAAGAUGUCAGCGACCCACAGGAAAAGACGACGCGCGAGUCUUCUGACUCUGAGGAUGAGCAGGUCAGGGUCAUGCUGACGAAGUUUGGGUUUCAGAAUUCUGUGAGGGCUUUGUUAAUGCUCUCUGGGGGUGUCAUUGGGCUUGUGACGGCGCUGGGGUGA